UUUUCUUUUAUUUCAGCCGAUAUUUAUAUAUCGAAACAAAUGAAAAACGAAUUAUAUUACGAAGAAUAUGAUAAUGUUGCCGUUAUGUUUGCAUCCAUAAAAAAUUAUGAUAUAGAGAGUGUGGGCCUAAGGGUGCUUAAUGAGAUUAUAUGCGAUUUUGAUGAUGUGCUCAAACUUUUUGAAGCCGAAGGUAUGUUUAAGGUAGAGAAAAUCAAAGUUGCUGGUUGGACUUAUAUGGCGGCUUGCGGUUUAGAUUUAGCGCGUUCCGAACAUGUUAAUACUCAAACAAAUUUUCGCAGCUCAUCGCUGUUACCCAAUGGACGCAGAAGUCAUUACAAUAAUAAUAGUUUCAAUUCACAUUCCUCAAAUGAUAUAACACUUGAUAUGGGUCCUUCCACCUCAAAGGAUGCCGCAGAAAGAACGAAAAAACUUUCGAAUCAAUAUGAGGGCCACAGUAAUAAUACCAAUCAGAAAAGUCGAAAAAUUAGUUCACCACAACAGUGUAAUGUGGUGCAUGUUAUGGCCCAAUUUGCUCUACAAUUAAUGAAAACCAUGCAUUCAUUUAAUGUCGAGAAUCUACAAUGUGAAGAUGGUGAUUCAGAUUAUGGCAUGUUAAGAAUUGGCAUUAGUAAUGGUUCCAUUAUGGCGGGUGUUGUUGGUUCCUCGAAACCUCAUUACGACAUCUGGGGUAAUUGUGUUAAUAUGGCUUCACGCAUGGAUUCGACUGGUAUACCCGGCCAUAUACAAGUCACCGAAGAUACUGCGGAAAUUUUACGUACCUUUAAUAUACAAUGCAAUUUUCGUGGCAUGACCUAUGUUAAGGGUCGUGGUGAAAUACCCACCUAUUUUGUGGGUAUUGAUGAAAAUUUAAAUUUCAUACCAGAAACAACAAGUACAAAUGAUUUAAGAAAAAACAGCAAACAAGAAUGAGACUAUACACUGACGACUGAUUUCAUGUGAAUAAUAAUGUUCAGAUCCUUUCCUCGCAUUUGCACCCCAUACACAUACAGAUUUGUACAUACAUUAAUAUGUAGUUGAACUUAGUUAAAUGUAUGUUUUUUUUUUAUUUGUAAAUCAUAUUAAAAAUAAAAUUUUAUAAUAAUAAAUAUAAAGUAAGUUUAAAUUUAGAUACAUUUAUUUACCGCUAAUUAAAUAGAGUAAUUAUUUAAA